CGCAAAAACCUCCUCCUCUUUAGACAGUGCUGUAGCUUACAGCUGCAAAUUUCGCCAGACAAAAGAGAGCCAUUAUUGGCACCCAUCUCCACUUUAUCAAGUGGAGAAAUUCACUCUGGCAAUGCGGAUAUAUUUAAAUUACAUUGUUUUCACUUUUCAACAACUGCGAGUUAACAUUUAUCUGUAGAUAACCACGCAAAAAAGAUCUCGUUCAAAAACUUCAAGGGAAAAGACUAACUGGAGACCAGAAAUAAAUCGCUACAAGACAAAAGAUGAGGAUCUCCACGUGGUGUCAUUGGGAUGUGGCAGUGGUUCUGCUCCUUGGUGUAUGGCUGCCCUCUAGCCUGAGCCAGACAACACCCUCCCCCCAGAAUCAGAGCGACAAGCUGAGGUUCCGGCUGAUGGGCUACCCCCGCAAACACUACGAAGGCCGUGUGGAGGUCUUCUACAAGGGCGAGUGGGGCACCAUCUGUGACGACGACUUCUCCUUGGAAAACGCCAACGUGCUGUGCCGCCACCUGGGCUUCAUCUCUGCCACGGGCUGGACCCACAGCGCAAAGUAUGGCAAAGGCACCGGAAAGAUCUGGCUGGACAACAUGCAGUGCAGUGGCAGUGAGAAGAGUGUGGAGCUGUGUAAGUCCCGUGGCUGGGGCAACAGCGACUGCACCCAUGACGAGGAUGCUGGGGUGGUCUGUAAGGAUGAGAGGCUGCCAGGAUUUGUGGACUCCAAUGUCAUCGAGAUGCAGGUGGAGGAGGACAGGGUGGAGGCCGUCCGUCUGCGGUCGGUGGUGUCUGUAGCCAAGAAGAGGAUGCCGAUCAUGGAGGGCAUCGUGGAGGUGAAGUACAAGGAUGGUUGGGCCCAGAUUUGUGACCUAGGCUGGACCCCCAAAAACUCCCGGGUCAUCUGUGGCCAAAUGGGCUUCCCAUUUGAGAGGAAGGUGAACAAGAACUUCUAUAAACGAAUUAAAAGAGCUACAGGGGCAAAACCCAAGGGUAAUGGUUCAGCUGGAUCCAGGCAGAAACCCAUCCCCAAACCUAAACUUAGCCCUAUGUCUCCAAAGAACAACUCUUGGGCAGGAAAAAGGCUGUUCACAGAGAGGCAGAAGAACUUCUACCGGAUCCGCUCGGCAGCUUGCCUGGGGACGGAGGUGCACUUGUCCGCCUGCCCCCUGGAGUUCAGCAAGGGGAAUGGCAGCGCCCCCUGUGAGGGCGGCAUGCCGGCCGUGGUCAGCUGCGUGCCCGGCCCCCUGUUCUCACACGUCAACAACCGGAAAAAGAAGCUGAAAAUAACGAGCACCGUGAGGCUGAAGGGGGGCGCUAAGAUCGGGGAAGGGCGCGUGGAGGUGCUGAAGAAUAACGAGUGGGGCACGGUGUGCGAUGACCACUGGAACCUGCAAGCGGCCAGCGUGGUGUGCAGGGACCUGGGCUUCGGUAGCGCCAAGGAGGCCCUGCGGGGGGCCCGAAUGGGCCAAAAUGUGGGACCCAUCCACUUGAAUGAAGUCCAGUGCAGUGGUCUGGAGCGGACCAUCUGGAACUGCCGCUACAAGAACGUCACGUCGGAGACCUGCAAGCAUGAGAAGGACGCCUCUGUGAGGUGCAACGUUCCCUACAUGGAAUACGAGAAAGCGGUCCGCAUCACAGGUGGGCGCACCCGCUACGAGGGUCGCGUGGAGGUGAUGACCACCGACGGGAACGGGACGCAGGGCUGGGGGCUGGUCUGCGGAGAGGGCUGGAGCACGCGGGAGGCCAUGGUGGUCUGCAGGCAGUUGGGGCUGGGCUACGCUAACCACGGCCUGCAAGAAACGUGGUACUGGGAUGGCAGCAACGUGACAGAGAUGGUGAUAAGUGGGGUGAAGUGCUCCGGGGACGAGAUGGCGCUCAGCCACUGCCAGCGCCACAAGGCUGUCAGCUGCCAGAAGGUGGCGGCGCGCUUCUCCGCGGGAGUCAUCUGCUCUGAGACUGCCUCCGACCUGGUCCUGAACGCCUCGCUGGUCCAGCAGACGGUGUACAUCGAGGACCGGCCCCUGCACAUGCUCACCUGCGCCGCGGAGGAGGACUGCCUCUCCAAGAGCGCGGCCCAGGCCAACUGGCCCUACGGCCACCGCCGCCUGCUCCGCUUCUCCUCCCAGAUCCACAACAUCGGCCGCGCCGACUUCCGCCCCAAAGCCGGCCGCCACUCCUGGGUGUGGCACGCCUGCCACGCGCAUUACCACAGUAUGGAUAUCUUCACCCACUAUGACCUGCUGUCCGUCAAUGGGACCAAGGCAGCGGAAGGUCACAAGGCCAGCUUCUGCUUGGAAGACAGUGACUGCCAGGAAGGUGUUUCAAAGAGGUAUGAGUGUGCCAACUUCGGUGAACAAGGCAUCACAGUGGGUUGCUGGGACUUGUAUCGCCACGACAUCGACUGCCAGUGGAUAGACAUCACUGAUGUCAAGCCAGGAAACUACAUAUUACAGAUCAUGAUCAACCCCAAUUUUGAAGUGGCAGAAAGCGACUUCACCAACAAUGCCAUGAAGUGCAACUGUAAAUACGAUGGCCAUCGCAUUUGGCUACACAACUGUCAUAUCGGCGACGCUUUCAGUGAAGAGGCAGAAAGGAGGUUUGAAAAGUACCCUGGGCAGCUCAACAACCAGAUCUCCUAAGUCCAGUAAAGGCUCAGUACAGCAGGAAAACUAAAGGGUUGUCCUUUAGUGCCAUGUGCCCAAACCCCUUUUUUAACUACCUAUUCCUACACCUUCCUGGAACAGGCCACCAACCCAAAAAGAGAGCUGAAUUAAUGAUGAACUAUUACAGCAUUCUGGGCUGCAGUAGCAUAUAAUAUCUGUUGCAACCCUCGAUUCCCCUUUAUCAGGCUGUGUGAUUGCUUCACCCAGUACAUGCGUUACAUUUGCAAGUGUAUAAUACUUGAAUACUUUCUCAUUGAAAUACACCAUUUUCGCCUUUCCCCCUUUAACAGAAAAGAAAGCAGCAUUGUAUAUAUAGUUCCAAGCUGGGAAAGUGUGCUACUUAAGAUUUCAGUCAACUUUGCUAUAAUUUGUUCAUAUUUCUAUUGUACAAUUACUAAUGCAUGGCCUGUGUUAAGAAAGAAUGUGUGUAAAUGACCUGUGAAUACAGAAAGUUUCAUUUGCCCAGUGGACUGGGAUACACAGCAAUUAUGUUGUUGGUCCUGUCAAUCAAGUGCAUUCCUUACUGUUGGAAGUGGGCAGAAAUACCAUUUCCCAUAAUUUGUUGAUACUUAUGAUCCCAUAAGUAUAAAUUGAGAAGUGUUAAUGCCAUCCAAAUCACUUCUGUCCUCUGAGUGCUAAUGAACAACACAUAGAGCUAUAUAUGCAAGGAUUCAUUUAUGUGUAACUAGCCUGUUGGCAAAGGUCGCUUUUAGCAUGCUAGAGCCUUCCUAAUACAGAAAAGGUGGGUGGCCGUAGGGAAAAACAUCUGUGUGAUGUAAACACAGUAGUCAGUCAAUGGCUAUAUUUCUACAAGGAUGUUGAUGCUUUCUCAUUAAGGACAGCUAAAAACAGUCACUUCUAGUUUUAACAAACAGAUUUUCUAAACUAAUAUUUAAAAAAAAUCAUCUUGUGGUUAACAGUGGGUUGAAUGAAUCAUUUAUCUGACAGAAUGAUGAGGGUUAUAAUGCAAUCCAGCCAAGAACAAUUGUACAGCUGUUUUCAUUUGUCUUAUGCAUGGGUUAUUUCUUAUUUUUCUGAACUGUCGAUUUACUACUGGUGUUUUUUACAGUUGGUGAACUUUUGUCUUGCCUAGUACAAAGUUCUAUAAAGCAAGUCACAGAAGAUGUUCAACUGAAUGUUUAAAGUGGCAUUAUUUUAUGGCAAUGGAAACAUAGCUAGUUUAUAACACACUAUAGUCUUGUCACUAUUUGAGCCCUGUCUGAUUAGUAGAACCCAGCAAAGAUGUUUUGAAAGGGGACAUGCACCUUUAUCUUCCAUGUGAAACUGCACUGAACACUCCCCAGCUUGGAAACUUUUGAAACAAAAUGGCAGAAGCUGCAUGCCAGUCAUACCAUAAGAAACUGAACGGACAUUGAUUCCACCUUCCCUCACUGCAGGAAAGGGUUAGGAAGAUAAUGAAUUUUGUGCCCUUUUUUACCUUUGUUUUGUUUGCUUUGUUUGGAACUGCUUCCUUUGUAAUUAACCAUCUUGUUGAAUGUAUUUAUUGUCCAUUUGCUCAAGAAUGUGGACUAAGAAAACAUUCAUUAUCAAUUCCAAAUGUUCAUGCCAAGAGCGAUGUAGGCCAUACUGUAUGCAAAGCAGAUCAAACUAAAAUAAAUCUAAACCAGGAAGUGUGUGA